UGACAGGUAGGUGAUCCCGCAAACGCAGUGGAGAGACUGAGUCAUAAUAAAAUCGACUAUGGACGGAAUUUUACGGAAGCUUUGACGCAACUUUGGGCGGUUUUGUUUUCCCCACGCGAGUAGACAACCAUUUCUUUUUGUCGUACAACUUUAAAAUGUGUCGACCGCUCCGCAGGAACAGCGCUGUGAACGCGGUGCUGUUGGCGUGUUUGGUCUGCUGCUGUUUCGGCCCUUCCCCGGUCUCCUCCAUCACAGUGAAUACUCCAUCAGAGCUCCAUGCAGCAAAAGGAGAUGCUGUCACAUUGUCCUGCACAUUUAUUUCCACAAGUAGUCCAACCAGUAAGAUGACUGUUAACUGGUCUUAUCGACCCCAGAGUGGAGGCCCACCAGUGUCAUUUUUCCACUUCUACUCACGGGCAUACCCUACAACGGAGGGUCAGUUCAACGGUCGCAUCCGGUGGCAAGGAAGCCCUGCGCGUGGGGAUGCCUCCAUCUUGCUUAUCAAUGCCACACUGAAUGACAACGGGACCUAUGCGUGCACAGUCAGAAACCCUCCUGAUGUCCACGGGUCCACAACUUCUCACACUGUGCUUACUGUCACACCAAAGGCGGUCAGGAUUCGCUUCUCGGAUGUUGCAGUCCUCCUCGCUUUCGUCCUCCUCCCGUCUGCUAUCAUCACCCUCGUUCUUCUUGGACAGAUGCUAUGUCCCAGGAAAAAGCGUAACCAAUCAAAGGCCUACAGGUCACCCAUAGAGGUCACAGAGGGAGAGGAAUAUGGCAUCCCAGGACAUGCAGCCAAAGAAAAAAGGAUCACAUGCUGUGACCUAUAUCUGAUGGACCCAGAUGAGCAUGAAUAUUACUUGCAAGAGUUAAAAAAGAGGCGUACCAUAGAUGAAGGCUAUGCUGAAUCUGGCUUCUAGAGAACCAUGGUGGUCAGGAGAUCUAACUGCAACCUUGGGACCUGGUGCUUUGUAGGAAAUCAGUGCUGGAUUUGUAGCUUCUUUGCCACAGUCCACCACUCAGCCACUCCACCACUUGGUGAUGAGAUUUGCUUUUUUGUGGUGAACCCCGUUUAAAAAAUACUCCAUAUAUUUAACACUAUGCAAAUAAUUUGGUUUUCUUUUUUGAAUCCCCAAGCUUCUACAAACAUUUUUAGGCUGUUUUGGCUGUUUUUACACCAUGGAGCUGGGGGAAAAAAGACAAAUCUAAACUCCCAAGUCUGUGGGAUGAAUAUGAUAUGUUCUUUUUAUACUGUGUGCACACAAUAGCACAAUGGCUGGUACUGUUUGGACAGGGGCAAACUGACAUUGUGUAUGUAAACACAAAGAAAGUACUAUGUAUAUUUUUAUGUCUUAAUGAUUUACAUGUUUUUUUUUUUUUUGUUGACAGAGAUGCUUUUUUUUUUUUUCUUCUAAUUUAUUGCCUCCAUCAGAGUGGCUCUAUGAAAUUUGUCAGUAUCUCUUCAGCUCAUGUGGAAUAUUUCUGUUAUAUGAUUAAUAUUUAUAGAAAAAUAAAUAGUUUAAUUUUGAACAUUAGCUGAGACCACUUGCACGCUAUUUAUAGGUUACACUGUCUUUGCAGUAUGUUUUCAGUACUCUGUAUUACACUACCAAUUCCAGCGAUAACUAUACAUGUGAGCUUAGUCAGUUUUUGCUGUGCUUUACUGUGGAUGUGGAUAUAUUAUGUGAUAACAAGUUUGAAUGUUGGUUUUGGAUGCACAGCAUGCUUUUGCAGCUUUUCUUUUCCUAAACAGAUUGAGCUGAUUCUGUUGUCUUCGUGAGAAGAUCUCCUUAAUAAUGUUUGUACUCAAUAUAAUAUAAAGAAGUUUUUAUUGUUAUAAUUAUUAAAGUGAUAGAUUUUCUUUCAGCUUCAACUGAGACAAUUUGAUGUUAAAGUUCAUGGCAAACCAGCCGUCCCCCCUUUGUUUGGUCUGCUGCACUAUUCAUGAAUGGAUCUCUUCGACUAUUCAUGAACGUUCUUGAAUAUUCCUUUAAAAACUCUAAGGACAUGCUGGAGUCUUGGAACUUCACUUGCAAAUUGUGGUAGCGUCUGUCUCCUCUAUACAGUUGCGGGCCAUGAGAGACAUGAAAAGACCCAAUAAACAGUCACCAGUGA